AUGAAGAUCAUCAUCGUCGGCGCAGGCAUCGGCGGCCUCUCGGCGGCAUUGGCUCUCGCGCUCCAAAAGCACCGCGUGACGGUUCUCGAAUCCGCACCGCAACUGGCGGAGAUCGGGGCGGGCGUGCAACUGACCCCGGACGCGAUCAAGUUCUUCUUCCGCUGGGGGUUGCGGGACGACAUCGUGGCCAAGGCCGCGUUUCCCGGCACGUUCUUCAUCCAUCAUUGGAAGGACGGGAGGGUUCUGGGCAGCGUGGACGUGCGGGGACUGGAGGGGCAAUAUGGCGCGCCGUAUGUCGUCGUGCACAGGGGCGUGCUGCAUGAGAUCCUACACCGGCAUGCCGUCCGGGCUGGGGCGGAGGUGAGGGUCGAUUCGAGGGUGGAAGAGUAUGAUUUUGAGGGUGGCGCCGUGGUGGUGAAAGGUGGAGAGAGGAUCGAGGCCGAUUUGGUCGUUGCUUGUGACGGGAUCAAUUCCUUUGCGAGAAGGCAGUUCCUGGGUGACGAGCAAGACCGCGGCGCGCGGAGGACCGGCUGGGCUGCGUACCGCACCAUGGUCGACGUCUCGAGCAUCCAGGCGAACCCUGCCACGGCCGAUCUGGUCGAGAAGCAUAACAACCAUUUAUGGAUCGGCAAGGACUGCUCGGCCAUGACCUAUAUGAUCUACCAGUCGACCAAGCUCAACAUGGUCCUCUCACACCGCGACGACGUCGACACUACGGGGUGGACGCCCUCGCAAUACCACAGCACCAUCACAUCCAUGUUCCGGGGAUGGGACGACAAACUCACCAGCCUCGUCGACAUGGUGCGCCCGGCCACUAUCCAGAACUGGCCUGUAUAUCAGGUCGAGCCGCUUCCUCGAUGGGUGUCGCGGUCGGGCAAGUUCGUGCUCAUGGGGGAUGCGGCACACGCGAUGGCCUUCUAUCUCUCGAUGGGCAUUUCCAUGGCCGUGGAAGACGCCGCUGCAUUGGCAGAGUGUCUCUCGCUGCUGGAAGAUUCGGCAACCAAGGCCCACACGAACGGUGACGGUGCAACCAGAGAGAAACCAAAGCCAUCCCUCUCCUCCGCCCUGGCGCUCUUCGAAUCAAUCCGCAAGCCUCGCGCCGAGGCCGUCCAAUCCGCCAGUCUUCGCGCGGGGGAUAUCCUGCACCUCCCUCCCGGCGAGUCACAGGAGAAGAGGGACGCCGCCAUGUUGCGACAACAAGUCAACGACGGAACGACGGAAAGCAGAGAAGAUGAUAGGCAGUACGUGUAUGGGAUCGCGGACCGAGAGACGAGGGAUUGGUGUUAUGGGUAUGAUGCCGCCUUGGAGAUGCGGAGGGCUUGGAGGGAGCUUUUUGGGUAG